AUGGUCUGGACUCCUGUCCUGCUCAUGAUGUUGGCCCAGCUCACAGGUUGUGGCCCUCAGCCGAUACUGCAUCAGCCACCGUCAGCCUCUUCCUCCCUGGGAACCACCAUCCGCCUCCCCUGUACCCUGAGCAGAAACCAUAACAUCGGCAUUUACAGCAUUUACUGGUACCAGCAGAGGCCGGGCCACCCUCCCAGGUUCCUGCUGAGAUACUUCUCACACUUAGACAAGCUCCAGGGUCCCAAGGUGCCCCCUCGCUUCUCCGGAUCCAAAUACGUGGCCGGGAACCUGGGGUACCUGAGCAUCUCUGAACUGCAGCCUGAGGACGAGGCUGUGUAUUACUGCGCCGCGGGGCUCCGGAGGGAGGAAAAGGAGAAAGGGAUGGCGAGGCAGCGGGGAGGAGAAAAGUAGCUUACAGAUUCGGGAUCCCAGGCUCUGGAGACAUCCAGACCCUGAAGUGAAGACGGAGUUUGCUUGGCUUGGCUAGGCUGAUA